UUAAACCUUACGAAGAGCGCCUCCAUUCACUUAACCUUUACCCAUUGAAGUUUAUGCUUCUUAGAGGUGACCUUCUGAUGGCUUACAGUAUCCUUAACACUUCUGGACAUCCUCUUAAACACCUAUUUAAGCUUAGUCCCAAUACCAACCUAAGGGGUAACACCCAGAAAUUGGAGACACAAUAUAGAAGAACGGGUUGUAGACACAACGUCUACUCCUUAAGAGUUGUCAGCUGCUGGAAUUCGCUGUCUGUCGAACUAGUCCAAGCGACUACCCAGGAGUCCUUUAAGAGGCAAAUUGAUCUAUUAAUAAGGUCUAAGGAUAGCAUCAUACUAUGAUUUACCAAUUUCUUUUUCCUCUUUUAUCGUUAACAUACCUAGGUUUCUGCCUGGAGGUAUUCGUGAUCCCCUGCUACUAGACACGGAAGCCUUUUAAGCGAAAGCUUCUUCUAUUCCGUCCACAACGGUAUUAAAAAUCAUUACAGAUGACGUUAAUAAUCUGAGUUUGUUUUCCUUAUUGCAGGGCAACAAAAAGUGAACGUACUAGAAGAAGAGGAAUAAGCCUUAAGCAAGCUGAACCUGGAGAACAAUGAAUAAACCCACCUUGUAAUGAGCUUCCCCUUUGUACUCGGACCGCGUCUUUCAAUUUUUAAAUAUAUCUCUGUUGUGCCAGUACGCCGUGUUCUUACUUCAGUGGCAUUUACCGGUCCUGACUGUUGUGUUGUGUUUCAGAUCGCUCCUGCUUGCAAGUAAACGCUAAUAGUACGUGCUACAUUUGAACCAUUUGGAUCUCGCGCUAAAUACCAAGACUCGAUGUCUUGAAUCUGAUUGGUUCGUUUAUAUAUUGUGGUCAUGUCAACCGUAAACUUUAUUCUAUAUAUAAAUACAUGUGAAACUCUCAGUGAAACAUUUCUCACAUACUUAUGUCGUGUCAGUUAAAUUUUGUAACUGGUAAUCCAAACAAAUUGACUGAAUUCCUUAAAAUUAUUGGUGAGGAAUUUACUGGAAAAGUAAAAACAGUUGAUCUAGAUUUACCUGAAGUCCAAGGUAGUAUCGAAGAAGUGAGUAUACAAAAAUGUUUAUCUGCUUUUAAAAUAAUCAAUGGACCUGUAUUAAUCGAAGAUACAGCACUUUGUUUUAAAGCACUGAAUGGAAUGCCUGGGCCUUUCAUUAAAUGGUUUUUAAAAGCGGUUGGUCCUGAUGGACUACCUCGUAUGUUGAUUGACUUCAAUGAUUAUCGUGCAGAGGCUGUAUGCACUUUUGCUUAUUGUGAUAGCCUCGAAAAACCAGUACAAUUAUUCACUGGUAUCACAUCAGGUUGUAUUGUUUCACCUCGUGGACCACGUGAUUUUGGAUGGGAUUGUAUAUUUCAACCGGAUAACUUUGAACAAACUUAUGCUGAAAUGGAUAAAUCUAUAAAAAAUUCCAUAUCACAUCGAUCUAAAGCGUUAGAAAAAGUGAAGUCUUUUUUGCUGAAUCAUGGAGCUUAAUGAAAGCAGUUUUUUUUCUCAGUUUUGAAAAAAAAACAAACGUUUAUAAAAGGAAUAUUGAUAUUUUGAAUUAAUUAUUUUAUACAUUUAGAUUGAACUACUUUUUUUUAUUUAAAGUAACAUAGAAAUAUUACUGAUUUAUGUUUAAACUCAUUAAAUAGGAUACAAUGGAGAAACAUCAUAAUUUCUUGAUAAAGUUAAGUGAUUAGGUUUUUCUAAAAAAGGGUUUCUUCUACUCACUCGUUCAGAGUUUAAAGAUCCUCUAUGUUUUUGUCACUUAUACUCGUUAUAUGCUGUAGAAAUUGCCUAAUAAUUACACAACUUGGAUCACACGGGGAUAAAUCACGUUUUUGUAAAGGAGGAUAACUUGGCUGUGUUUAUGAUUAGCAAAUUAAUAUUCUAGUGGAUAAUUGGAGUUUCAAAAUUCACAGUGAUUUCAUGAUUCUUAAGAUAAUUUUGCUUCUGGACUAGUCUACAUCUACACUUAAACUAUGAAAAUAGAAUAUAUCGGUGGGUUAUUAGUAUUUAUCUAUAUAUCCUUUGUGAACGGUGCUUGUGUAUGUUAUGACUACCAAUUGAACAUUUCUGAAGUUAGAUACGUGGCUAUAGGUAAAAACACCGAAUCAGUUGAUGAGUUAAUAAGUCCUCAUCUAUUGAGUUGGUGGGGAUAUGUAUUACGUAUAUUCAAUCACUGCGUCCACUAUUUAAUGUCUGCUGCUAUGAGAGUUGAUUGGAAGAAAGCUAAUGUGGUGUGUGCUACUGGCGUCGACAUAUAUAAGUAGUAUGUAUCAUCAAUCGAAAGUGAAAUGCCUGACGGCAGAAGGUUAAGAAGAUAUAUGGGAAGACAACGAGAACAGAGAGUGAUUGGUAUGGAAACGAAUGAACAGCCAAGUCUGAGACAAUUGACAUUUUGCAAAUGAAGAAUUUGAUGUAUGGUUCUCAAAUUUUGCCAAGAGAUUCUGUAUUUUUGAGUUUGAAUACAUCUGAUUGUCCCCAUCGGUGUUCUCAUUUUUUAUACUAGGAGUGGCCCAACCGGCACGUGGCAUCAAUCUAUGAAGCAAUUGACAGUUGCACAGUCGGUUUGUUAGCUUCAGGCUACUUUGUUGUAGUUCUCACAACUAUGGUUACCGUUGGUUGACCACUUAAUCAUUCACAAUGGCCCAUAUGCAUUCACUCAUUAUUUUUCAUUAGAUCUUAAGCUUUAAAAGACUCUUUCUCAGUCCGUAAAUUCAUUCUCGGGUCGUAUUAUCUAUUGUGAGUAUAGACUUAUGGUGAUUGUUGAGUUUCGUUGAUGUCAUGAAUCGAUCAAUGUUAGGCUACCAUUGGAAACCUUGGGGGGGGGGAGCUUAUCUGUGUCUUUUGUUUUCUACUACUACUGGUACUGUGACUACCUCCAAUAUUUUGACAUUUCUCUUGAUAAUUUUAUCUUACUGUGCUAAUGUAACAUGGUAACUUAAACCGAUUCAGGUAUGUGCGAAUGUCUACGUUGAUUAUAAAUGACUGAGUUUUAUGAAUUUUGAUAGCAUAAUCUGUCGAUGGGGCUGGUCUAAAAAUGUGAUGCAUAUGUUCAUUACAUCUAGAACGACUGUUUCUAAAAAAAUUAUAUAUUUACUUAAGACAUUUUAUAUGUAAAGUAAGGAAAGUCAAAUAAAUAUGAUUAUUUGGAAUGUACGAAAGAGAACAUUUGUGCUUGUUGAAUAAUAUCCCAAGUCAAUAGAUUAGUUGAUCUAGUUUGUCUCACCAAGGCAGUUAUAAUACUUCAACAAUGGGUUGUAUUUUAAGAAAUCCUUUUUAGAGUCCAUUUUUCUAAAGCCCUCAAGCUGUUAAUAUGUUUCUUAUCCCCGUCCUUUUUCUCUGUCGAAAUCAUGUCUCCCAAACUGAAGACUGUCCUAGGAUAAAAAAACACGGAAUAUAAGCAAAGAAGGAUAUUGGCUAGCGGUGGAAUCCAGGACGCGCGUUUCGUCCUAUUUGGGACUCGUCAGCUGGAUGUGCUUGCAUCUCGGAGUUGAUGUUCACUCUAGAGUUCGAACCCAGUAUCGUUCACUCCAAACGCCAUCGCGUUACUGGCUUAGCUACUGAGUCAUGAUAGCAACAUCAACUCUGAAAUGCAGGUACAUCCAAUUGACGAGUUUCAAAUAGGAUGAAACGCGCGUCCUGGAUCCCACUGCUACCCACUAUCCAUCCUUGCUUAUAAUUCUUGUGAAUUAAGGCAAAUAUCGAGGCAAUACGCACAGUAUGCACAUAUGCCAAUAAGAGACUGGUCGAUUGCAGUCCGAAACAUCAGUGGGGAGAUUCAAGUAAACAAUACCAAGUGAAUUGAAACACGGAAUGUUGGUCUACAAUGGUUUUGCAGGUGUUCUUUGUAAAGACGUAAUAUAUGCAUCUAUGACCUAAACUAAAGCAGACUUACUCUUGAAUUAACAAUUAACAUCAACUAAUGAUACUGUGUAACCAUCUUUUAAUGCGAUUAGUGGGUGACUCUCAUGUACGACAUGAUUGAGCUCCAUUGACUAUUGCUUCUCAUUAGAACUCCGGGGAUCGCCUCUCUAACCAGGUCAUAUAAUCAUUAUUUGUGUAAGGGAUUUGUGGAAAAUGCUGAAUUUUCAAUUCAAUUUAAUUCAACAACCUUUACAAGCCUCCUUUACUAGUAAUUAUUUCUUUUAUAGAUGAGUGUUUUCAAUUUAUUUUGAAAAAAAUAAUUUGUAUAUGCGUUUUAUUUUUAAUGUGAAAUUCUUACUUGAUAUUUUGAUGUAAUAUCUUCACAUGUGUGUCUGAAUCUAUUAUGUUAUCUUUUUGCUACAUUUCGAACGGAUCACACCAUAAAAAGAUGAAGUUUUAGGAAGUGAGUUUAAGUUCUUUUCGUUAUAGAGCCAAGACUUACAACACUAUUGUAUUUAACUCUUAUAAGUCAAAAUUUCCAUUAACAUAUAGUCCCACUGGUUGGGGUUCGUGCGACUAUCGUAAAUAAUAGUUGGAGACUGGGUGACAUGACUCACAAUCGAUCGUGGGUGUAUACACUCUUUGUCUCCCCUUAAACUGUGGGAUUAAAAUUACUUAAUACCUUUCUUCUUACUAACUAAUUCUUUCUCUCUGUAUCCUGAUAUGAAAUGUUUUUUUACUACUAUUGAAGUAACUGCUUUCAAAAAUUUGGUGUUCAUCUUUUGCUAAUGAGGUGUGUCAACUUGAACUGAUGCAUAUAUGUCCCUGGUCCUACGUUGUAGCUGAAUAGUUUAAUGGUUUUCAAGAAUUAUAUGAGGUUUUGUACAAAAUGUAUUUCACGGACAAAUGAACUUUUGUUUAUAAAGCUAAAUUUGGUUGAAUAAUAGGGAUUACAGUUUUUAUUGCCACAAAGUGAUUUCAGCUGAGCAAUUUUGAAAACCAGAAAACCUAGGAUGGACGUUUCGGUCUACAUUUAGACUUUUCAAUCUGGCUUAUCAGAUUCAUUAAAGUUGAGAGUGAUAUAGUUGUCAAUAAUAAACUGAAAGAGUUGAAGAUUCUGGCUACUCAAUUUAUGAGAAUUGAAGAGAACAGGGAUAUGAGAAUGAUCAAAUCUCAAAUCAUAGCAUUAAAAAUUCUGAAGUUGAUAAGUGGUGCUAUGACAAUAAUGUAAAUGUGAUCGGAACAGCAGACGCUACAAAAGAAUUUUUCACUACCUUAAAGGAAUUGAUUUAGUGGGAUCGCAGCCAUGUUACUUUAAGUAUUCGUGAUAAUAAACCAUAACCGGUUAAAUUCUGAUAUAAAAGUGAGCUAAUCAAAACCGAGGAAACAACUUUUGGAUUUUUUGAGCUAAUUUCAAAUAUGCAUAACCUUUAUUUUAUAUCAUAUAAAACGAGGAGUAGAAUUAUGUUUGUUUAAUUUUCCGGAUGUUUAAAAUAAUAGCUCUAUGUUAGUUUUUAUCACAUAACGAAAAUGAUAUUGUUAAAUGAUUUAAAUGCUCAAUUCUUUCUAUGUGGAUUGUUUAUUGCGCAUAAAUCAAUCCUAUCCCGAAAUUCUGACUUGAAACUCUUAGUCCUGAUCCGAAUUGUAACUCGGAUAUCAUAGUCCUAAAUCCUCAACUCUAAACCUUUAAUUGUAACUGUUACAUCCGAACGAAGAAUUAGCGAACGGUAACUGCCAGGAAUUAUUUACAGACUGUUAUUAUAUGUAUUCUCAUCAUACAACUAUUAAGUAACUAUAUCAUAUGUAUAUUCAUAUUUUUUUUGUUAUAAGCUUCCAUUUGACUUGUUGACUACUAUUAUAUGAUUUACCAUUCUUAAGUUAUUUUCAAUCUAUUAGUUACAGUCUCUCACACUCACAGCCACUUUUGGCUUGAUCUUGUAUAAUUGUUAUUUUCUAUUUUAUGGAAUGAUGUGGUCUGAUUUGACUGUGUAUAAACUGCGUAUGUCUGAAAUACAUGAUUCAUACAGUGGAAACUGAGAUUUUGUUC